AUGCAAGAGUACCGCCACGUGGAUAAGCCAGGUUGGAAGCUGAAAUGGCAUUGGAAAAACAAAGAAGUCAUAUGGAGCAUGGAAGGAGCCGAGACCACGGAGCAAGGAAACUGCUCAGCCUUUGCCUCCAGCGGAACCCUCCCACACUGCUGUCUCCGGCGACCAACCAUAGUCGACCUUCUCCCCGGAACUUCUCUCAACACUCAAGUCUCCAAUUGUUGCCGUGGAGGUGUCUUGACUUCAAUGACUCAGGACCACGUCAACCACAUCUCAGCUUUCCAUAUGGUCAUCGGAAGCUUUCCUGAUUACGACUCUGACGAGUUUAUAAUGCCUUCUAAUUUCGAUAUCGGUGUCCCUGGUUAUAGCUGCGACAAUUCUACCUCCGUGGCCGCUACUAAGUUUAGCCAAGAUAAAGGCCGUCACAAAACGCAAGCUCUAGCAACAUGGAAGGUAGAGUGCGUGUACUCGCAGUUCAGGGCAUCACAAUCACCAAAAUGCUGCGUUUCACUCUCUGCCUUCUACUACCAAAACAUCGUUCCUUGCCCUGCAUGUAGCUGCGGCUGCCGUAGUCCUCAAUGCGUCGAGCAUGGUAAGACGCCGUCGUUUCUGAAACAGAAACAUGAUCCUGAGGAGGAAGUAGCGCCUGUGGUGGAAUGUUCGAACCAUAACUGUCCCAUCCACAUUCACUGGCAUGUCAAAGUCAACUAUAGAGAGUAUUGGAGGGUUAAGAUCACAGCAACGAAUCUCAACAUGAUGAAGAAUUACACUGACUGGAACUUAGUUGUGCUUCAUCCAAACUUAAAAAGUGUGCAACAAGUCUUCAGCUUUAACUACAAAUCCUUAACACCUUAUGGCAACAGCAUCAAUGACACAGGGAUGUUUUGGGGGGUAAAGUUUUACAACGAUGUUUUGCUUCAAGCAGGAGAUUAUGGAAAUGUGCAAACAGAGUUGCUGCUAAAGAAGGAUAUUGAGAAAUUCACUUUUAGAGAAGGUUGGGCAUUCCCAAGGAGAAUCUUGUUCAAUGGCGAUGAAUGUGUGAUGCCUUCUCCUGAUGACUAUCCGAGGCUGCCUUCUGCUUCUUCUUCUUCUUCCUCUGUUGUUGUUAGCUUUGUUACAAUCGUUUUCUGUUUUCUCCUUCUUAUUGUUUGA